ACUUCUUUGUUCUUUGUUGCUUCCAUUAGUUGACUUUGUUCACUUGAUUUGACGCCACCUAUUGUUUCAAUUAAUUUGCUGAAAGGGAGCUAAGGGUUGAGGGAGUCUAAGGGUCGACUGAGCUUGAAGGUGUGAAAACGGUUGGAUCGUUUGCUCAUGUUUUUGUCUUACAAAAUAAAUCAACAAGUCAAGAAGCUACUCAUUGCGAACAACUUUUGCUUGAAGAGUAUUCUCUUGUUUUCUUUUGCAUUCUGCAUUUUGCAUUUUUUUAACCAAAUCAUCACCAUUUUUAACAAGUGACUAAUUUUAACAAACAAUGGACGCGAAACCUAAUUUAACCGAUGACAAUAACUUGAAUCAAAGACUUUAUGAAUUAAUGGAGCGAACAGGUUAUAAUAUAAUCCUUGCUAAUGGUCAAAGGCGUUUUGGACCACCACCAAAUUGGAUGUCGGGUGAACCACCUCGAGGCUCAGAAGUGUUCAUUGCUAGGAUUCCUCGCAGUUUUAGUGAAUUGGACAUUUUACCAAUUUUUGAACGAAUGGGUAAGGUUUACAUGCUUCGAAUGAUGCUCAACUUUUCCACCACCAAUAGAGGAUUCGCUUUUUUGAAGUACACUUCUCCAUCAAUGGCUGAAAGAGCUGUCCAAGAGUUGAACAAUUACGAGGUUGAGGAAAUUACAAAGGAAGGAAUUCGUAAAGUAAAACUUGGUGUUGUCAGGUCAUUCGACAGGAAUGCACUUUCAAUGCAUCCAAUUCCUGUUAAGAUAAGCUUGCAUGAUGUUUUGGACCUUUUAUAUGGAAACGAUAUUGAUGACUCUUGUUUAGUUGCUGUCAAAAAGGAACUCCUGAGUGAUGCCAAUUACAAAGUUAUCAUUGAAUUCGAUGAACAUCGAAGUGCUGCUUUAGCUCGUCGAAAGCUUCUUCCACUGCGAAACCGAUGGGGUGGUCAUCUAGUUAUCGACUGGUAUCCUCCUGAACCUAAACAGAGCAAAGCAACUCCAAACAAUUCAAGAAUUGUAAGACGAUUCAAUAAAAUUUUUCAUGCUUGAUUACUUGAAACUCAUUUAUUUACAAAAUAUUCUUCACCUUAAUUUGCGUGUUUACUUAUGAAAUUGAAAGCUGUUGAAAAAAAACAUUAGUUUAGGAGAAAUAGUUAUUAAAUGCAAAUAGUAGUUAUCUAAGGAAAAAGAUGUAGAUUUGGUUUCUUUAACGGUUUUGUUUGAAAAGAGAAGAAAGCGAAAAAUAUGGCCUAUCUUUAAAUAAACAGUUGUCUUAAUUAUCAGAAAUGUCCUCAUCGAAAUCUCUAUCUCUAUUAUCUCCACCAUCGAGAGUAGCCACAGAUUCAACUUCAUUUUUAUCUUGUAACCGAGGAUCUUGUCU